AUGGAUGACAAGCGAGCCUUUGUCCUUCAAUGGCUCGCAGCGUGUCACGACGGCAUCGCUGCUGACACAGACGCCGAACAAGCCCUCGCCGACAUACGCGCGCAAGUACGCGAAGAGCGCGUCCAGCGAGGGCGUGCAACCGCUGCCUUACUGCAUGAUACUGCUCCACUUCAACCCCGUCAGCGGAAUGACGCAAGAAGGACAGCUCACACAGAGGCUCUCGGAACUCAGCAACGUCGUAGCCUCGAGCGUAACAUGCGCCGCCUCGCUCACUAUCAGCCUCGCUACGUGGCAAAUUCUCGUAUCACUGUCAAUCGCUCGGUCGGUCUCUUCAAGAAAGGCAUAGCUUCAAAGCGUCUGUCUAACGCCAAGCUGAGGCGGUCAGCGAGCUUCGCAUUCGAUGAAGACGCGUUCCACGCAUCACAGGUUGACGACGCUUCUAGUAGGACUAGAUGCCUCGCCGCAGGUGCUGCACAGAAACGUCAAAUCACCAAAGUUAGUCCACGCAGCGCGAUGGGACAGCGCAAACAGCUCAAAGGUCUACUGAUGGCCCACUCAGCUCCGUCGACUGCCGAGCUUAGUCGCAUCGAUACAACAAGUCAGCAUUCAGCCUGCUCCUUGGAGAUGCGGCGGCAAGCGACACUCCCGCGCAAGUCAGUCGAGCAAUCUGAUCAAGUACUGCCUGCGCCGCUCUUUGCGCAUGCGUCUGACCAUUCUAGCAUACCUGUGAUUCCCGAAGAUGCUCUUACGUCUGCGCCUGGGAACUCAGAUCACCUGCGCUAUCUCACAAGUCCUACACCGCCUGAUCAUGGUCCUCUCGCAAAAUUUGGCUGCGCUAAUGAUUUACCGAGUGCGAAGCCGUUGCUGCAGUUUGCGGCCACAGCAGCGCCGUCAACAUCCUCAUUAGGAAGCGACAGCACGAUCUCUACUCUCGAUCAGAUGCUGCGCGUGUGUCGGGACGACAUCCCUUUCUAUACGUGUGUUGACCGCACUUUCCUCAGCCAUCCAUCGGACCUGGAAGACGACCGAGCACCAGACGUCAACAUUGAUAUACCAAUCACAUCGUCUCCGUCGUCGUCAUAUGAGAGCGCUAGUCUGUGGCCGCGCUUCUGGCAGCCGAAUACGCUUUGA